AUGAAAAAGCUCCAAGAUUUGUCAGGGCCAGCUUUUGAUUGGUUGGCAAGGCUUGAUCUAAUGCAACACUGUAGAUCUCACUUUAGAACACACUCAAAGUGUGACAUUCUCUUGAAUAACAUGUGUGAGGCAUUCAACAAGUCUAUCCUUGAUACUAAAGACAAGCCUAUUGUAACAAUGCUUGAGAGGAUUAGGUAUUACAUCAUGUUGUUGAUGGCAAGUAGAAGAAAAGCUAUGGAGAAAUGGGCUCAUGAUGUGGGGCCAAGAGUUUUUGCAACUCUUGAAAAGCUUAAGAAGCAGUCAGCCUUGUGCAUUCCAAGACUUACUGAGAAUAGCAAAUAUGAGGUUAAGUGUUUUGGAGGCACUCAGGUGUUAAAUGGAAAUCACAUCAGCUAUGUACAUGAUUAUUACAAAAAAGAGGCCUUCAUGAGAGCUUACAAACCUAUGGUUCAUCCAAUGGCAAGCCAAGACUUGUGA